CGGUGUUGCGUCGCAAAGUGCGUCCCCCUGCCCUGACAACUCUCGCCGAAAAAUCAUCCGAUGCAACGUUUUCGUCUCGAGCUGCGGUGUGGCGCCUUUUCCGGCGACACACCGGGAAAUCCUGACAGUAUCGCGAUAAACUGAACCGCUCUGCAGUUCAGUUGCAGGGGCCCGACCGACGCUGUAAUGUGAAACUACAAGCUAUUUAGCCGAAGCAAACAAACUGCAGAACGUCCUCCCCGUCGUUUCCGAAAUAUGGCGGCGUCCCUUCACAGUCGGCUAUGCUUCUGAACGCAACGGAGACUUUUAACCCACGGGGAUGAGACGCCGUUUGCAUCUGUGGGCCCUUUGACUCGCUGUGUGGGUUCAGGAUGGCGCAGGGAGGCUCUCAAGUGGACUACCACGUCCUGCAAGACCUCAAGCAGCGAUUCCCGGAGAUCCCAGAGGUAGUUGUGUCUCAGGUCCUUCUGCAGAACAACAAUAACCUGGAUAUUUGCUGCCACCUGCUGUCUCAGGAAAGUAACAGAUAUCUCUAUGGAGACUUCCACCACAGUCCAGAGGAGAUGCGGAUGAGUCGAAACCGCAUGCUGCGCAUUAGCCUGGGCUAUCCAGGUGCGGAGGCCGGCAUGUCAAACGGAGGAGGGGCAGGAGUGGGGCGACCCUUGGUGCACAGCACCAGCGACAGUCACAUCGACCCCCAGCGGCCCAGCUACCCUGAACCGCUCUCGGCUCCUGCCACCAUGGCCCCGUCCCCCACUUUCAAUCCUUUUUUUAUGAACGAUCAGAGCCGCUCGUCCAACACGCCCACGCCUCCGCCCACGAUGCAAGGCAUGUCCCCAACGUACACCCCAGUCCCACGGUAUCCCAUGAACCCCAUAUCGGUCACUCUUCCGCAAACCAUACCCACCGUCCACCAGGCUCUGCAGAUUCCCCCUGGGCACUACCCUAACAGCACCAACACCACCCUGUACAAUCGACCCUCACCCUCUCAAAGUCCACAGCCGGCUCCCUGGUCCGCCUCGGCGGCGCCCGUCUAUCAGCAUCAGCAGUCCCCGUACAGUACUCCCACAUACGGCUCUCCUUACAGCUCGCCCCAGCAUCAGGUCCAGCCACAAACACAGCUACAGCCUGGGCAGCAGCAAUAUGUCUUCCAUCCCAUUAGCCCUCCAACCCUAAUAAAUAUGCCCUACCACCAGCAGCAACCCCCGCAGCAGUACAGGCCCUACCAAACGAAAAACCCUCAUACAAAGCAGAUCGAAAUCACUUUCGAAGGCCCACGGCCUCGCAGCAACUCACCUGUGCACACCCAGCAUCCCCAGGCCUCGCUUUACAUGGCCACAAGCCCCUCGCCCAGCUCCCCCUCGCGGGGCAUCCCGAUGAGCGGACCUCCUGGACCGGCGGCUUUCCACCCUGGAAUGUACUUGCAGCACCAAGGCAACGCAAGGCCUCUGCAGGCCUCCUCCCCCCAGCCAGGCCAGUCUGCCUAUACCUCCAAAUUUAAGUUGUCCCCCGGAGGCCAGGUUCAAAGACCGCCCAGCUCACCACCUGUCACUGAAGCUGAGUCUCUUCUCAACAUUGUAGAUCAGGGUGAGCACAGCACUACCCCAGCACCUAUCCUGCCCAUCUCCGCCCUGCCAGGGAACAUCGUCAGUCAGUUUCAGCAAAUGUCCCGGCGUUCAAGCUCCGCCUCUGAUGACUACGCUUACACACAAGCUCUUCUGCUCCACCAGCGGGCGAGGAUGGAGCGUUUGGUGAAGGAGCUGCACAUGGAGAAGCAGAAGCUGGAGCAGCUAAAGGGCGACGUCAAUAACAUGGAGUACGACGCCCUCCAAAGGCGUUUUCGACGAGUCAACUCCACACAUCUUGUACCCAGACCUGAGGAGAUUACCCGACUUCGAACUCAGAACAGACAGCUGCAGAUUGAUAUUGACUGCACUCUGAAGGAAACAGAUCUGCUGCAGUCCAGAGGGAAGUUUGACCCAAAAGCAAUGAGCAACUUUUAUGACAACAUUCAUUCUGGUCCGUUGGCGCCGACCAAUCCAGGGAAGAAAGAAGGGGAGCAGGCCUCCAAGCCAACGCCUCAGAGAGACGAGGAUUUCGAAGGCGCUCACUGGAACUGUGAUAGCUGCACCCUCCUCAACCACCCUGCACUCAACCGCUGUGAGGCGUGCGAGAUGCCACGCUACAGCUGAGCUUAGCAUGGCACGGCAUCGCCCAUCCCCCGCUCCUAAUCUACGCGAAUCUUUGGACGCCCGGAGCCCCGACCCCUCACAAUCCGUCUUGACCUCUGCGCCCCCGUCAAUGGAUAUACAAGCCCCGCCCCCUCCUACCUGCUGAGGAAGAGCCACUAUCUCCCCUCUGACUACUUGUCCUCCACGACUGCGCACCAUGACCAUAGUUUUCUCCGGCGUGACGAUGCAUUUCCUGGUGUGCGUCGAGCAAAGGGGCUCGGAAAAAGGGUGCGACUUGCAGCAGUGAGUGUAACAAAGCGGUUUAUGGAUCAAGGAGACGCGGCCGUGGUUUAACCGAGGGAACAUUCCAGGCAGAAGAGAGUGACUGCCCUGUUUACACUGUGCCGAUUACUGAACUCAGACCGGAGGCACGUCCACUUUAACCCGAGACCUUAGGCGUCGCUCAAUGACGGCAGAACAAAGAACAAAAGUGGUAUGUAAAGUUGUGACAAAUGCGAAUUGUAGAUUGUACACUGUAUCCCGGCUCCACGUGAGAGCUCGUAUCACUGAGAGAACACUAAGAGACACUUGCAUAAAAAAAAGUAUGCUCCUUGUACUUUUAUGCAUAUUAUGCCACCAUGUAUUAUGUGUUCAGAGGAUGUGGAUUUCCUGUGUAAAUGCCUCAACUUGCUGUACUUAAUAAAAGAGCUGAUUCUAUGUGACUUGACGACACAAGACUGCACAGUUUUCUUGUGAUUUCCUGAAUAAAAUGCUUUAUUUUAUUUU